AUGAGCAGAUUCUCAGGAGAAGAAGGGGUAGAUUCACAGGAGAAGAAGGAGCAGAUUCUCAGGAGAAGAAGGCGCAGAUUCCCAGGAGAAGAAGGGGUAGAUUCACAGGAGAAGAAGGCGCAGAUUCACAGGAGAAGAAGGGGUAGAUUCUCAGGAGAAGAAGGCGCAGAUUCACAGGAGAAGAAGGGAAGGCGCAGAUUCUUCCAGGAGAAGAAGGGGUUAGAUUUUCAUGGAGAAGAAGGGGUAGAUUCACAGGAGAAGAAGGCGCAGAUGUUCACAGGAGAAGAAGGGAUUUCACAGAAAGAAGGGGUUAGAUUCCACAGGAAGAGAACGGCGCAGAUUCACAGGAGAAGAAGUGGUAGCAUUCCUUUCCAGGAACAAAAGAAUAGGGGUAGAUUCACAGGGGGGGGAGGAGAAGAAGAGCCAGAUUCAACAUGGAGAACGAAGGAGCAGAUUCACAGGAGGAAGAAAAUGCGGGCAGAUUCAUCAGGGAGAAGACAAGGGGUACGAUUCUCAGGAGAAGAAGGGGUAGAUUCACGAAGGAGAAGAAGGUCCGCAGAUUCAACAGGAGAAGAAGGCGCAGAUUCACAGAGGGAAGAAGGCGCCAGAUUCAUUCACCGGAGGAAGAAGGGUUUAGAUUCUCAGGAGAAGAACGGGGUAGAUUCACAGGAGAAGAAUGGCGCAGGAUUCACAGGAGAAGAAGGGGUUGAGAAUUAUUGCAGGAGAAGAAGCAAGAAUGGGGUAGAUUCUUCAGGAGAAGAAGGGAUAGAUUCACAGGAGAAGAAGGCGCAGAUUCACAGGAGAAGAAGGGUAGAUUCUCUAGGAGGAAGAAGGGGUAGAGAUUCACAGGGAGAAGAAGGCGCAGAUUCACAGGAGAAGAAGGUGGGGGUAGAUUUACAGGACGAAGAAGGCGCAGAUUCACAGGAGAAGAAGGCGCAAGAUUCACAUUGGAGAAGAAGGGGUAGAAGGAAGGGGAUAGAUUUCUCAGGAGAAGAAUGGGUAGAUUCUUACCAGGGAAGAACGAAGGCGCCAGAUUCACAGGAGAAGAAGGGGUACAAUUUUACAGGAGAAGAAUGGAAGGCAGCAAUUCAUCAAGGAGAAGAAGGCGCAGAUUCAAGUCAUGAAGAAAGAAGGGAUUCACCAGAGAAAGAAGGGGUAGAUUCUCAGGAGGAAGAAGAAGGGGUAGAUUCACAGGAGAAGAAAGCGCAGAUUCACAGGGAGAAGAAGGCGCAGAUUCACAGGAGAACGAAGGAAGAAGGAAAGGGCAAGAGUUCUCUAGGAGAAAGAAGGGGGUUAGAUUCCAGGCAGGAAGAAGGCGCAAGGGGGAUUAACAGUAGAGAAGUGGUUAGAUUCCUCAGGAAAAGAAGGGUAAGGGAUUCACAGGAGAAGAAAGCGCAGGAUUCACAGGAGAAAGGGGUGCAGAUUCACAGGGAGAAGAAGGCGCCAGAUUCACAGGAGGAAGAAGGGGUAGAUUGCCUCAGGAGAAGGCAAGGGGUCGAUUCACAGGAGAAGAAGGCGCAAGGAUUCACAGGAGGAAGAAGGCGCAGAUUCCAGGAGAAGAAGGGCGGCCAGAUUUCACAGGAAAGAAGUGGUAAGGGAUUUCUCAGGAGAAGAAUGGGUUAUUCACAGGAGAAGAAUGGCGCAGAUUCACAGGAGAAGAAGGGGGCCGACAGGCGGACAGGAAGAAGAAGGCGGCAGAUUCCAGGAGAAGGGGUAGAUUCUCAGGAGAAGAAGGGUAGAUUCCCAGGAGAAGAAGGCGCAUAUUCACAGGAGAAGAAGGGGAGAAAGAAGGGCGCAGAAUGCUUCAAAGGAGAAGAAGGGGUUAAGAUUUCUCAUGGAGAAGAAGGGGGUAUGAUUCACAGAGAAGAACGGCACAUUUCACAAGGAUACGAAGGGGUAAGAUUCACAGAGGAAGAAGAAGGGGUAGACUUCACUAGGAGAAGAAGGCGCAGAUAUUCACAGGAGAAGAAACGGGAGGAAGAAAGAGGCAGAUUCCAGGAGGAUAAGGAAGGCCAGAUUCAACAGGAGAAGAAGGCGGGCAGAUUUCAGCAUGGAGAAAUGAAGGCGGGCAAGAAUUCUCAGGAUAAGAAAAGGGGGAGCAAGGGGAGGGCGACAGAUUCUCAGGAGAAGAAGGCGCAGAUUCUCAGGAGAAGAAGGGGUAGAUUCUCAGGAGAAGAAGGGGCAGAUUCUCAGGAGAAGAAGGCGCAGAUUCUCAGGAGAAGAAGGCGCAGAUUCUCAGGAGAAGAAGGCGUUAGAUCCCAGGAGAAGAAGGGGGUAGAUUCACAGGAGAAGAAGGGCAAGAGAUUUCCCAGGAGAAAGAAGGCGCCCAGAUUCCAGGAGAGAGGGCAGGCGCAAGAUCACAGGAGAAGAAGGCGCAGAUUCCCAGGAGAAAGAAGGCGCAUUAGUUCUCAGGAGAAGAACGGGGGUAGAUUCCCAGGAGAAGAAGGCGCAGAUUCUCCCAGGAAGAAGGGCGCAGAUUCACAGGAGAAGAAGGCGUAG